AGGAAGUGCGUCUAUUCGUAGGCUACGGCGUAGGUUCGACGCAAAAGCAUAACUCAGCCUUUCGUCGCAAGUAUACUGACGUAACUUACGUGCAUAUGUACAACACCUCUCCAACUCUCAGAAAUCAGUGGGUGUUUUUCACACGAUGGAAGACGAUUCACCUUUAAUAACUUGUAGUGAUGAAUAUCGACUUCUUGAAACAUACUGUCAGAAGAGGAGGAAGAGGGAGUCCCGUGCCAGAUCAAUGAAAAGUGCAUGUAUGUACAGUCUGGGGGCACAAUCAGAUGAUGAGCAAUUUGGUGAUGUGGCUGAAAAACUCACCCAGAUUGUAGACAAGGGACUUCUUGGUGAAGAACUACUCCAUAAUGUAGACAAAAGACUUCUUGUUGACGAAGGACUAGAGUCGGAUGGUGACCUAGGUGUUAAAGAUGUUGACCAAGAUGUUAUAGACAAGCUUAUUGACUUGCUGAAGAAAUCAGGGGACAACUUAAAUGAAAGGAUUCAGAGCAACCAUGAGCUUUUAGGAUACCUGCAGCGUACUUUCACUUACGACUUGUUUAAAAAACUGACCAAAGCCUUUAUCACGAGUGUGGUCCCAGAAUAUUUGCAGAGCAAAAGGAAACGCGAGCAGAUCGCCCUGGCCUUUGAGGUCACCAGCAGACUCAAAGCCCUGGACCUACACCCCAUGAACAGGGCCAUGGGAUACGGAGCUCAGUACCUGCAGGAGAAUUUUGCUCCCUGGGUUAAACAGCACGGUGGUUGGGAGAAAGCCUUUGACGACGACGAUGAUGAGGAAGUCCAUUGACAAGAUACAUUGUGAACUGCAUGGUUAUUAGUAGUCAAUGUGAUAAAAAUUGAUAUUAUUAUAAUAGAUUUUUAAAAAUCUAAAAAAAAAAAAAGAAAAUCUAUACUCUUUACUUUUAUUAUACUUGUUAUAUUUAAAUGUAUACAUGCACAGUAUUAAAUAUGUAUGUGUUUAUAUAUACAUUUAUUGUAAAAUUAAAUGUUAGUUAUGAAAUGUCAUUUUUUAGUCAUUGCUACACACAUUUGUAAAGCAGAUAAAAAUAAAAUGCCCAAAUAUAAUGCUU